AGUUGCCGUAUGUGAUAACCGCUAUAACCACACACCAAACAAGCACUCCCUAAACCCACCCCACGCGGUGCGUGUUCUUCUCUGUUCUUCUCUCUCUCUCUCUCUCUCUCUAUUUCUUUAUUUCUCUCUCUUCUUCCUUUUUCCCUCUCUCGUCGCUUAUCACCGGCGGCACCAGAUUCCGGCGAAACUUCCACCGUCUCGCCGGAAAAUCCCCCCUAAAUCUCUCACGCAUUUCACAUUUUUUCAUAUCGUCUUAGUCGAUCUCAUUCAUAAGAAAACAAAACUGAAUAAUAAUCAGUUAGGUUUCAUUUCUAUUAUCACUCAAAGAUCGAACUUUUGGAAUGUUCUAGAGAUUUAGGGUUUAUGCUGCUGCUUUGGUAACGAACAUUAGAUCUAACUGUUCAAGUUUGUUUACUUUUCCCGAAGGAUCAAUACUCAGAUUUGAGCAGUUUGAUCCGCUCACUUUUUGGUCUUUGAAUUUUCUGUGCUGGAUUUAUUUGCCCUAAACAUAUUUUCGUUUAAUUUCUGACUGGUUUUGGAUACUACAUUAUCAGUAAGGCGCAGUUUUAUGGAGUUAAUUAAGAUUUUUUGAGUAGAGGAGUUUAUUGUAUGGGCAGGCUAUGUGUAGAGUAGAGGGAGAGAAGAGUGAAUUUGAGGGGGGAAGAGAGAGGAAGAGGAGGAGGUGGGGAGGAUUGAGUGUAAUGGGGUUAAAAGCAGCAGCUGCUUUUGGUGGUGAUAGUCGUGUGGAGAAAUUGAAAAGCUCUAUGAUGUCCAGGUCUAGAAUGAAGUUAUGGAUGAUAAGGGCAACAACUUCAAUUUUGUUAUGGACUUGUGUGGUUCAAUUGAUGACUUUAGGGGAGACUUGGGGUCCUAGAGUUUUGAAGGGAUGGCCUUCUUGUUUCUCACAAGAAUCUGCUGCUGCAUUUGCUGUCAAUUCGUCGCCGGAGGUCCCUGCAAGAAUUCUUCCACCUAAAAGGGUUUACAAGAAUAAUGGUUACCUUAUGGUUUCGUGCAAUGGAGGGCUGAAUCAAAUGAGGUCUGCGAUAUGUGAUAUGGUUGCCAUUGCAAGAUAUUUGAAUGUGACUCUCAUAGUUCCUGAGCUGGAUAAAACCUCAUUUUGGGCUGAUCCGAGUGAAUUUCAAGAUAUUUUUGAUGUUGAUCAUUUUAUAACAUCCUUGAGAGAUGAAGUCCGAAUAUUGAGAGAGCUACCGCCAAGAUUGAAGAGGAGAGUGGAGCUAGGAAUGAUUUACACCAUGCCUCCCAUCAGUUGGUCUGAUAUUUCUUACUACCAUGACCAGAUUCUUCCCCUAAUUCGGAAGUACAAAGUUGUUCACUUAAACAGAACUGAUGCUCGGCUUGCUAAUAAUGGUCAACCCAUGGAAAUUCAAAAACUGCGUUGUCGAGUAAAUUUUGGCGCCCUGAAAUUCACCCCUCAGAUAGAAGAGCUGGGCAGAAAGGUCAUUCGACUUCUAAGGCAAAAGGGUCCUUUCAUGGUGCUGCACCUGAGAUACGAAAUGGAUAUGUUAGCUUUUUCUGGAUGUAGUCAGGGAUGUAACAAGGAUGAGGUUGACGAGUUGACAAGAAUGAGAUAUGCUUAUCCAUGGUGGAAGGAGAAAAUCAUAAAUUCAGAUUUGAAAAGGAGAGACGGUCUCUGUCCGUUGACACCAGAAGAAACUGCCAUGACUUUAAGGGCAUUGGACAUUGAUUCCAGCAUACAAGUUUACAUUGCUGCUGGAGAGAUAUAUGGCGGACAAAGGCGAAUGGCUAGUCUUGCAGCAUCUUAUCCCAAUCUGGUGAGGAAGGAGACACUGCUAGAACCUUCCGACCUUAUGUUCUUUCAGAAUCACUCUUCUCAAAUGGCUGCCUUGGACUAUCUUGUUUCAUUGGAAAGUGAUAUCUUUGUUCCUACGUAUGAUGGAAACAUGGCCAAAGUUGUUGAAGGACAUCGCAGAUAUCUUGGCUACAAGAAGACCAUCUUGUUGGACAGAAAGCUUCUAGUGGAUUUAAUAGACCAAUAUACUGCUGGAUCAUUGACAUGGGAUGAGUUCUCUCAUGCAGUUAAGGAAGCUCAUGCUGAACGAAUGGGCAACCCAACCAAGAGGUUGGUUAUUCCAGACCGACCCAAAGAAGAGGAUUAUUUCUACUCAAACCCAUGGGAGUGUCUACAAUCAUCCAAUGAGGAUGAAACACUAAGUAGCAGCAUUUAAAUCGUGUUGACGGUAACACUUGGUCAGAAAAAAGAACAAAAAAAAUACUGCCACACAGUUUCUGUGAAUGAUUUAGAGAAGUAGUUCUCAACACGGUGAGACAGUGAGAAAGCAGGAUUUUGCUUCAAUGCAGCUCUUGAAGUUCAGCGGGAGGUGCACUACGACUGGCUGAGAAGACUCAAGAGCAUGCUGGCAAGUACAUUAAAAAUGUUUUACAUAAAUUAAUAAUCGAUUUCCUGUAUAGAAGAAGCUUCCCCUGCCAUUGCAGGGUUACAUCAAACUCUACGGCAGUGUACACAGAAGGGUGAAAUAUACAAUUUGUUUUUCCUGCAA